AUGUUUACCAAUACACCUGUUGGAGGGAACCGGGAGAGAUAUAAUGGUGCACAUCCAGCCUGGUCCCGAUUAGGUACAAACACCGAACAGAUCCACCAAAAUACUACAGACAUGGCUGCUAAAAUGCAUAAACUUCGAUACACCCAACUUCGCUCUCCUCCUACCCGCGUGUCCGUAGAGACCAUGUCCUCGAACCCAACAGCGCCUGCUCCUGCAUUUGGCCUCCAGGUUCCCUACAAUCAAGACGAAGCUUCUGAAAAUGAAGAGUUUGAACGAGCUAUUAAAGAUGAUCCAUCCACCGCUUCCAAUGCCUCUUACUCUUCCGAAGAAAACGACGAUGCCAUUGAAGAUACAAGCAUAGCCGAUACUGAAGACAACGAAGAGGCCUCAGAUUUGGAUGAAGAUACUUACAAAGCGUAUUCGAAGCGUCCCUCCGCUAAAUUGCGCAAAAAACCAUUCAAGCAAUUUUUCAAACAGAAAUCUUGGCUGCCUUUCGAAUCCUACAAGUCACUGGCCUGGUUUUUCCUUGCAUUGUUUCUCACCUUGAUUAUUAUAGGAAUCCUCCACAAGGCUCCGGCUAUUUCAUUUGGUAAAGACGAUUCCAUAUAUCCGCCGAUAGCCCAACCUUCGCCUCCCAACGCAGCUGAUUUGGGCAAGCCGUUCCAUAUGUUUGAACCCCCAAAUGAAAAACCUAACAAAGAACACGAACCCGAGCCUUCUACUGGCUUCUUGACAAAAGAAGAAUUUCACAAUAUUCUUCACACCAAAAUAGAAGAGUUAAAGGCUCAGUUAGAGAAAGAAAUACUCUCGUUUAAAUCAUCCGAGUUAGCUGCUAUUACACUUGACGAUGAGUGGAAACACUUCAUUCAAACGACCGUCGAAAAUUAUAUUGGCGACCCUGUCUCACUUCCUAACUUUGCUCUUUUAUCAACCGGUGCAGAUGUUUUACCCUUUUUAACAACCAAAAAUUAUGUCAAGAGACCUUCUUCUUUUCUUCCAAAGGCAGCCUCCUAUUUAUUUGAUUCGUUAACGAUCCGUGGUCAUGAACCGAAUAUGGCAUUGCAAUCAACAAAUGGUGUCGCAAUGUGCUGGAGCUUUCAGGGCUCAGAAGGACAAUUGGGAAUCUCGCUUUCACGUCCAGUAUACGUUACAAAUGUUACCGUCGAGCAUGUGAAUCAAAAGGUUGCGCACGAUCUUUCUAGUGCCCCAAAAGAGAUUGAGGUUUGGGGUCAGGAUGUCCACCAGAACGGAAAAAAAGGAUUUUCUUACUUAGGUAGCUUGCUUUAUAACAUUCAAGGCGAGCCAAUUCAAACCUUCCCCAUUCAUGUUUCAUCAAAACUUCCGACGAAAAGCGUCAUUUUCAAGGUUAAAAGCAAUUGGGGAAAUCCUGAAUAUACCUGCCUAUACCAGAUUCGGGUUCAUGGUACUGUCCCAAAACGAGAAGCAAUGGCUGGCUUAAAUGAAGAAACCUCUGGUUCCGAAGAAGAUGCUUUGCUCGAAGAAUCAUUGUCAUAA